CCGACCGGCGGCAUGUUGUUCCGCCUGGAGAUCGUUUCGGCAGCUCAUCGGGGUCACUGAGGCAAACCGAUAUCAUUAUUAUUUUGUUGAUUGCCAGCCUCUGUUCGCGGUUCUGGUCCGACCGCUGCCUUUGCAUUAUUGAUCAUGUCCUGGCGGUAGUCCCGAAGUGAGCUGUGUCGUCGCCUCAUUGUCACUUAAAGAUGGCUACGGUGCGGAUCUGCGUUUGCGGAGACGAGGGUACUGGCAAGUCCAGCCUCAUCACCUCCCUUGUCAAGGGAGUUUUUGUCACGAACAAGAUCCAACCCGUUCUACCGCAGAUCACGAUUCCUCCCACGAUCGGUACCCCUGAGAACGUGACAACCACAACGGUGGUCGACACGUCUGCGCUGCCGCAGGAACGGAACAACCUGGCCAGGGAGAUCCGGAAAUCGAACGUGAUAUUGCUCGUGUAUUCCGAUCACUACAGCUAUGAACGGGUCGCGCUAUUCUGGUUGCCGUAUUUCCGUUCCUUGGGCGUCAAUGUGCCCGUGGUGCUGUGCGCCAACAAAUCCGACUUGGCAGCCGCAGGGAGCGAAGCUCAGGUGGUCGAAGAAGAAAUGUUACCAUUGAUGGCAGAGUUCAAGGAAAUCGACUCAUGCAUCCGGUCUAGCGCUCGAGAACACAGGAAUGUUAACGAAGCGUUCUUCCUCUGCCAGAAGGCCGUCACACACCCCAUCGCUCCGCUGUUUGACUCGAAAGAGUCUGUUUUGAAGCCGGCAGCUGUUGCGGCUCUGCAGCGCAUAUUCUACCUGUGCGACAAGGAUCGAGAUGGAUAUCUGUCGGAUAAAGAGAUCGAGGACUUCCAGAUGAAGUGCUUUGGAAAGUCCUUGAGUCCGGAGGACCUUAUCCACAUCAAAGAGACGAUCCAGAAAGCUUAUCCAGAAUCAGUGACCCCCCUGGGCAUCGACUCUCAAGGGUUCCUGCAUCUGAACAAGCUUUAUGCGGAGAAAGGACGCCACGAAACGGUGUGGAUCAUUUUGCGGACGUUUCAAUAUACCGAUAAUCUAUCGCUUCAGGAAAGCUUCCUCCAUCCGAAAUUCGAGGUGCCUCCUUUCGCAUCAGCAGAGCUUUCGCCGGAAGGAUAUCGCUUCUUUGUUGAUCUUUUCCUGCUAUCUGACAAAGACAACGACGGUGGUCUGAAUGACGCAGAAUUGGCCUCUCUGUUCGCCCCAACUCCGGGGCUACCGAGCUCCUGGGUUGAAUGGUCCUUCCCAUCAUCGACGGUACGGAAUGAAGCUGGACAUGUCACCCUACAAGGUUGGCUGGCCCAGUGGAGCAUGACGACAUUUACCUCUCCCAAAACAACUCUCGAAUAUCUAGCCUACCUAGGGUUCGAAUCCUCCGAUCGUAGCAACCCGACUACAACAGCUGCUUUGAAAGUAACCCGACCGCGGAAACGGAGACGGCGUCCUGGACGUGUAGGACGGAACGUGGUGCUUUGCCAUGUGCUUGGAGCUCCGGGUUCAGGGAAAUCGGCCCUUCUGGAUGCUUUCCUGGCGCGGCCUUUCAGCAUCACAUACCAUCCUACCAUCCAACCACGGACCGCAGUCAACACCGUAGAGCUUCCCGGUGGGAAACAGUGCUACCUGAUCCUAGACGAGCUAGGAGAAUUGGAACCUGCACUACUGGAAAACCAGACCAAGCUCUUGGACCAAUGUGACGUCGUGGCAUAUACCUAUGACUCGUCGGACCCAGAUUCCUUUUCUUAUAUCCCAGCCCUGCGGUCCAAGCAUCCCCAUCUAGAAGAGCUCCCCAGUGUCUUUAUUGCGCUCAAGGCAGACCUCGAUCGCACCACACAGCGGGCUGAAUGCCAGCCGGAUGAGUAUACAGCCAGGCUUCGGAUGGCGGGCUCGCCCUUGCAUGUGAGCGUAACGUGGAGCUCUAUCCAAGAACUUUUCGUUCAUAUCGCAGAGGCUGCGAUGGAACCGAGCACGGCCUUCCCGCGAACCGAAGAGGACGUGGAGGGCAAAUGGAUGUCUUGGGGCAUCGCUCUUGGGGCCGUCGUCUGCGCCGGAGCAGCGGCGGUCAUGAUCUGGCGACGGGUCAGUGGCAGUGGAGCUUAAUCCAGGGACGCCGCGUUCCCCAAGUAGGUAUUAUUGAGGUUGCAUACCUUAGGUACCCUGGGCGAACGAGCUGCGCCUGUGUUCGCUCUAGUCGAUUACAUACUGGACCGAUACCCUGUUUCAACCAUCCAGUAUACGCAGCAAGCCCGUGUAUACUAGGCUUCAUAGCAGAACUUAAUGAACAUGACUACGGUAGAUAGCAAUUAGAGUAUGUACGAUGCGCGAGUCGAUUUCCCUUUCUGUUCUACGGGAGCGACGCUGCUUCAUGUCCAGCGUUGCUCAUGAAUCGCUUCCGGGGGCUGAGGC